CACCCACACACACAAAAAACAGGUGUUACUAAUUACAAUAAUGAUAGAUUUAUUAAAAUACCCCAAAUUUUUAUUAUCUACACCUGUGCAUCUUUAUUAUGUGUGACUCUACACUGGCAUCUGCUGGCAGGGAGGAGUAUUACAUUUCAUAAGCUUUUAUUUUGAAGUGUUAAGACCCGCAGCUGUUGUUGAACCUCUGUUGACAGUGGGACGAGUGUGAAGUGAAUACAGCAGUGAAUGCUGCAAAUCACAGGAGGAUGGACUCCAGUGGGAAACCCUCAACCGCACAGAUCGUGGUUUUAGCCACCAGCUCAGCCCUGACUGCAGUCUUCUAUUCCAUUUACAAGAGCCGAGCUACAACAGUUGCCAGAUUAAAGGAAGCAAAGAAAGUGUCCAUUGAUCAGGAUUUAAUAAACAUCCUGUCUGAAACUCCAGGCCGAUGUGUCCCAUAUGCUGUCAUAGAAGGUGUAGUGAGAUCUGUGAAGGAAACUCUGAGCAGCCAGUUUGUUGAUAACUGCAAAGGCGUGAUUGAAAGACUGACCUUGAAGGAGGAAAAGAUGGUGUGGAAUCGCACCACUCAUCUCUGGAACAACACAGAGAAAAUCAUCCACCAGCGCACCAACACAGUUCCCUUUGCCCUUGGGUCUCACAACGACGAUAUCGCCACCACAGUACGGGUUAUACGUCCGCUAGACGCUGCCGAGUUGAACCUGGAGACCACAUACGAGAACUUCCACCCCACGGUCCAGUCCCUGUCCAACGUUAUCGGCCACUUCAUUAGUGGGGAACGCCCCAAGGGCAUCCACGAGACGGAGGAGAUGCUACGGCUGGAAGACAGCGUCACAGGCGUGGGCGAACUGGUCCUGGAUAACAACCUGAUCAAGCUCCAGCCUCCCAAACAGGGCUUCCAAUUCUUUCUCACUCGGCUGGACUACGAGUCACUGCUCAGGAAGCAGGGGAACAGCGUCCGACUGUGGAAGAUUUUGACCGUCGUCUUCGGCAUCGCUGCGUGCUCCACGCUCCUCUUCAUCCUGUGGAAGCGACAUGAGCACCACAGAAAGAGCAAGAAGGAGAGAAACAUGCUCAAGGAGUUCAAGGAGCAGCAGAGGAAACGCAUGCGUGAGCUCAAUGUAGAAGAAAGCAGCGUGUCGCCCAGCAGCUGCACCGUCUGCCUGAGCCGGGAACGGUCCUGCGUGUUUCUCGACUGCGGCCAUGUGUGUGCCUGUGCCCAGUGCUACGAUGUCCUGCCACAGCCAAAGAAAUGCCCCAUCUGCAGGGCGACAAUAGACAGGGUGGUACCUCUUUACAACAGCUAAUGUACAGAAAUGUGGGUAGGAGGUCCACUCAGUCAUCAUAACACUGGAGAUACAGUAUGUCAUACCAAAGCUGCCUUAUAUUGGCAUUUUGUUGCACUUUUUUGCAUAUAGAUAGAUAUUUAGGUAGGUAGGUAGGUACAGUAGGUAGUUAGAUAGGUAGCUGUGCUAAGUCACAUUUCAAAUUGAAUUUUCAAAUAAACUUUGAGACCUGUAAAAGAAAAACAGAGAUGAACCUUGAGAGAGGAAGUGUGAUUCUUAGCAUAGGCUUACUUUUUUAAGGUGACAGAGGUUGAUCGAUAGAACAUUCACAAAUUGUACAUUUUAUACAGCUGAUUCCUAAAAGCAGCACUUAGACCGAGGCACACGCAGACAGUCAACUCCUUCACUUGGAAGGGAAGUCAAAUGUUCUAAAUGUCACAAUAUAAAUGUUUUAUUUAAAAAGAAAACUGCUUAAUGUGCAGCCAAAAGGUUACAGCUCUUAUCUUGUUGCCCCUUAAAUUCAUAAAACUGGAUGAAUGUAAGUUUAGGAAAGUAAAUUUCAGAAAAUUUGCAUUUCAGUUACUGUGUAAGGGAUAUAAUACAAUAAACAAAAACAGGAAGAAGAUUAUGACAUUAACUGUCAAAUGUGUUUUGUGCACUCUUCGUAUAAUUUCUGACAAAGACUUAAGCAGCGUGAUUUGGGAAUCUCCUCAUUUUUAAGUUGGAUUUGACUUAAACUUUGCCUGAGAGCCUUUUGGUGCUUAUUGUCAUUCUUUAUAUUUGAUUUGUGUCUGCAGACUCUUUGUUUUUUCCCAAUUUUUUUUUUAAAUGUCUUUACUUGGGAUUUAGCUUUGGUAAGGCCUUGUGGUUCAUUAAAGGUUAUGUUUUGUGCAGUACAGACGGGCUAGAUGAAAAGGUUGUGGUUUACACAAAAUAAAAAUGUCUGUGUCGAUCACGUUGGACCGAUAAUACUACAGUACAAGCUUCUGUCGAGUUGUUGGGGAGAAAGUGAGCAGGCUGACCUUGUCCUGAUCUUUUCUUAAUAGUGCUCUUAUAAAGACGUGCAGCAGUUCCUUAGGCUCUACAGACAUUCACCACAGAGUACACGGAGCAAGUGGCAGUACGUGUUAAAGUGUACGGAACAGAGGCGAUCUCUGAACCAUCACAGCCGCUGAUUGUUGGAAUAUUUCCUGGGACAUUGGCAAAACAAAAACAUUGUCUAUUUGCAACUGAAAACCUAUUAAAGACAAAUACAAUGUAGACUGAAUAUACUCAAUCAUUGUGUAAAAUAAAGACACCAG